AUGGUGCCCCAUCCUUCAAUCCAUGUUGUCCCCCACCUCCUAACCAUGCUGUGCCCCACCCUCCCGACCAUGCUGUCCCAGCCUCCCAACCAUGCUGUGCCCCACCCUCCCCUCCAUGCUGUCCCCCACCUCCCAACCAUGCUGUCCCCCACCCUCCCACUUUUUCAUGCUGUCCCCCACCCUCCCAACCAUGCUGUCCCCCCAACCCUCCCAACCAUGCUGUCCCCACCCUCCCAACCAUGCUGUGCCCCCACCCUCCCAACCAUGCUGUCCCCCACCCUCCCAACCAUGCUGUCCCCCACCCUCCCAACCAUGCUGUCCCCAAACCUCCCAACCAUGCUGUGCCCCCACCCUCCCAACCAUGCUGUCCCCAACCCUUCCAAGCAUGCUGCCCCACCCUUCCAACCAUGCUGCGCCCCCACCCUCCCAACCAUGUUGUGA